AUGGUCGACACAGAGAACAAUGCGCAGCUUCCUGGACGACAUGUAUUGAGGGUUGGGACGUAUGGCAUCAUACUUUGCCUCGUUGUGGGCCGUGUCAUGGCUCUCUACACUCAAGGUGGUGGCAAAUCCAGUGCGCAUUUGUGGCAGGAAACAUCACUCAACAUCGGCGCAGCGUCGUACAUCUCUUUGCAAUCAUACGAGCCUUCACAUGCUGUUCUAUUCCAGGCUAUCCAUGGUCGUGUCGCUUCCAUGCAAUCUUAUACUUUUACUCACCUCCAUUCUGACUACUUCUUGUGUAUCCUACCCAAUGAUCCAUCCAUCAGCCAGGACAGGCGGCACAUACAUCUUGAUGAAGUCUUGCUCCAACUAUUCUCACAUUUGAAUAGAUAUCUCUUGAACCUCGUAGCAGUGGUCCAACGUCUCCAGGCCUUACGUUGGCGUGGGGCAGGGGGCAAGAAGGACAGUAGCGGCACAAGGAAGGACGGUGAUGGCUUGGUGCAUGAAGUAUAA